CGCUUAUUACUAUUAAACCUUCUCCUUAAGAUACUAGUAGAACUACGCGGCAUUUCAGCGUUAUCCUUCGCGUUCGGAUGAUCAGACAACCCUGCACAUAAUUCAUCGACGACAUCAACUCGUGGACAUGGGUGUGCCCAAGUUCUUCAGAUGGCUCUCAGAGCGAUACCCAGCAAUAUCCCAGCUUAUUGCAGAGAAUCGAAUCCCCGAGUUCGACAACCUUUACGUACGACUUCCCACGAAACCCUACGUCGUCAUCCCUUGCUGACGUAGUAACAUUAGUUGGACAUGAACGGUAUCAUACACAAUUGUACCCACAAAGACACGCAUGAUACCACAUUCCGCCUUAGUGAAGAUGAAAUGUUCAGACGCAUAUUCAACUACAUAGAGCACCUCUUCGGGAAAAUCAAGCCGAAGAAAUUGUUCUUCAUGGCCAUUGAUGGAGUCGCCCCGAGAGCCAAAAUGAACCAGCAGAGGGCACGUCGUUUUCGAACAGCCUUGGAUGCGGAACAAGCGCGCGAGAAGGCAAUCCGUGAAGGUCAAACAUUGCCCAAAGAAGAUCCUUUCGACAGCAACUGCAUAACACCAGGUACGGAAUUCAUGGCCAAGCUGACGCAGCAGCUCAAAUAUUUCAUCAGCAAAAAAAUAUCCGAAGACUCAGAUUGGCAGGUUUGUGACAUCGUUCUAUCUGGCCACGAAGUUCCCGGGGAAGGCGAGCACAAGAUUAUGGAAUACAUAAGAAAUGCAAAGGCUCAACAGGAUUACCACCCCAACAUGCGCCAUUGUUUGUAUGGACUGGAUGCCGACCUGAUCAUGCUCGGCCUGUCAAGCCACGAUCCUCACUUCUGCUUACUUCGAGAAGAGGUAACUUUCGGUCGCGCCUCCAAAACGAAAUCGAAAGAAUUAGAGCAUCAGAGCUUUUAUUUGAUGCACCUUUGCAUGGUCCGCGAAUAUCUCGAGCUCGAGUUCCAGGACUUAAAGAAGGAAGGGACUAUAAAGGUGCCCUUCGAUAUGGAGAGAAUCAUAGACGAUUUCAUUCUCAUGGCAUUCUUUGUUGGCAACGACUUUCUCCCAAAUCUACCCAACCUUCACAUCAAUGAGGGGGCUUUGGCAACAAUGUUCCGUAUCUAUAAACAGGUCCUGCCCGCGUGUGAUGGUUAUAUCAACGAAGGAGGGGUUAUCAACCUUGGCCGUUUAAGGCUGCUACUCGAAGAACUUUCCAAGGAAGAAUAUCGAUAUUUCGAGCACGAGCAUGCUGAUUCCAAGUGGCUGAAGAGCAAGCAGUUAGCGGAAGUUCGUAAUGAUGAGCCCACGAAACCAAGAAGGGGUCUUGUCAUGACAAGCUCUCAGAAUAAGCUAUGGAAGAAGAUACGGAUGCUCGUAAAUAAGCGGCCGAGUGCCCCUCUCGAUCUCGGUUACGACGUUACCGCUGCUGAUCGAAAAUUCGUCCAAGACGUCGCUGAUAACCUUCAUAUUCAGUGGCGUACCAUCGAAGACGCUGAUGGACGACGUCAUCUGUGGGUGAUAGUCCCCGCCGAUCAGGGUGGCGACGAAAACGGAGACGAGGAAGAAGAAGAAAGCCAUAUUGCCGUGCUUCGUGUGGUGAAGCGAUACGACCAGGCUCAGAUUGUUGACUUCUCCGCCGAGGAAGCCCAGGCAGCCUCGCAGACCAGAUACAGGCAGAAAUUCCUAGAAUGGAAAGACAAUUACUACAAUAGCAAAUUCGGGUGGGCUCCCGAAGCCAGAGAUAUAGAACUGACGAAGCUUUGUGAGAAUUAUAUCCAGGGGCUCCAAUGGGUAUUACACUACUAUUACAAAGGGGUGGCGUCUUGGCCGUGGUUCUAUGGCUAUCACUACUCCCCUAUGAUAUCUGACGUAAUGAAAGGGAUCAAUGCAGAUCUCAACUUCAAGCUCGGUCAACCAUUCCGACCGUUUGAGCAGCUUAUGGGCGUCCUCCCCGACAGAAGCAAAAAAAUUGUUCCUUCUGUGUAUCAUGAACUCAUGACAGAUCCGAAGUCGCCAAUUAUCGAUUUCUACCCCAGGGACUUCGAAUUAGACAUGAAUGGUAAGAAGAUGGAAUGGGAGGCUGUCGUUAAGAUUCCAUUCAUCGACGAGGAUCGAUUGCUAUCUGCAAUGGCGCCUAAGAAUGAACUACUCACACUACAGGAGAAAGCUCGUAACGAUUUCGGCGUUUCACUAAAGUUUACCUACGACGCGCAUAUCGACUUCACUUACCCGUCCUCCAUGGCUGGGAUCUUCCCAGAUGUGGUACAUUGCCACUGUGUCGAGAAUAUCUUUGAUUUCCCCACAACCGAGGGGCGGGAGCUCCACGUUGGCUUGCUGGAUGGUACCAAGCUCGGCGUCGAUGCCCUGGCGGGGUUCCCGAGCCUCGCUACGUUGCCCUAUAUUGCCAACCUAGGCUUCCAUGGUAUCAACGUCUUCCAGCAAGAAAGUCGAAACGAGAGUAUGGUCAUAACCCUUGCCGACGUAGGACUUCGAAGCAGUGUGGAGCUGGCGAGGGCCAAACUGGGACAAAAAUGUCAUGUUGGAUACCCCUUCUUGCAAGAGGCUAAAAUAACGCGCGUGUCGGACGAAUUGUUCGAUUACACUCUCGCUGGCGAUGGCCCUAACCGUGAGAUCCAAACUCACCAUUCGGCGAGGGAUAUUGAAGGGUGGAAUAAGAAGGCAUCCCACAUCGAAAAAUUCUACGGAAAACGACUCGGUAUCACCAUUGGCACCGUUGAAUGCAUCAUCCAUGUUGAGAUGCUGAAGGGACUCGUUAAGACGGACGAGGGCGCCACCAUUAAAGAAUAUGGGUCCAUACCAGGCAUGGAAACGGAUUACGCGGCGCAAGUCGUCGUGGACGAGGUCAUCAGCGAAGACGAAAGAUUUCUCGAACGAGCUGCGCCCCCGCUAGAGGAAGAAUUUCCUGUAGGGUCCCAUGCUUUCUUCCUAGGGGCUUAUGCAUAUGGACGACCCUUAGAGAUCUCUGGCCACAACAACAACCAAGCUGAGGUCACAUUAUCAUAUAUCCGGGAAUCGGAGUUUGCGACACCAAUUAUCCAUCGUGCCGAACAACAAAAUCACUACCGGCCCUCAUACACUGUAGCAAAAGACCUGGGACUCCACCCCCUUAUAUUGAGUAAGAUUACUUCCUCUUUCUAUAUCCACACGAUAGGAGGAAGCAUGAAGGUCAAUCUCGGGCUCAACCUUAAAUUUGAAGGAAGGAAGCAGAAAGUUUUAGGGUACUCAAGAAAAUCGAACUCGGGGUGGGAGUUCAGUCCUGCUGCGGUUCGGCUACUCACAGCUUAUAUGACCUCAUUCCCGGAUUUCUUCGCGGCCAUCAUGCGUAACCCCUCGGGGGCCGAACUCGACGAGACGCAACUCUGGCCCGAUAGCAAGAUUGCCAGUGAUAGAAUCAAGGAGAUUGGUGCGUGGCUCAGGACUGUGGAGACGAGCAAAUUCGAAAGGGUUCCGCUCGAUGCUGAGCAGUUGGACUCCAAUGUCGUUAUGGAACUGCAAGGAGAAGUAGACAGGCUAAUUAAGUCUUGUCCGAAACACCAACGAAAGAGACUGAAAGGAGUUCCCCGAUCCGCCUUACUGAACCCGAAAGAUGCCGAGCAGCGACUUGGUAACCAAAAGUUCAGUUUGGGUGACCGAGUCGUCUAUGCGCAGGCCUCGGGGAAAAUACCUAUCGCUUCGAGGGGAACGGUUGUCGGCAUAAACAUAGUCGGCAAUCACCGCAUGCUCGAUAUCCUUUGCGAUGACGCAUUCAUCAACGGUACAACUUUAGGUGGCCGAUGCAAUCCGUUCCGAGGGCAAACGGUUUCAGCCGCCUCGGUACUCAAUGUGACGGACAAGCAACUUAUUACAGAUUCCAAGAUGAGCCUAGAGAGACAACCCGUUCGAAAAACACUGCCUCUACGCUCUAACGAAUCUACACGCCCGGGUCUAGGCCAGCUCCGAGAUGCAUCAACACCGGCUUCUCUACAAGGGAGUUGGCGAAGUGCUGUCGUGGGCACUGGUCGGCAUUCAUCCCAAGGACGGGGCCUUCAUAACCAAGCAUCCGGCCUUGUUCCUCAGGUUCGCCAUAGUAGCGCUGUAUAUCAUCCCCCAGCGCCAAACAACCAUAGGCCGCAGAUACACAACCGCAAUACGACGCAACUAGUCGCUGGCAAUCCUUGGCGCGGGCGUGGUGGAUCGUAUCGAGCGGGUCGAGGGAAUCGUGGUGGUAGGGGUGUUUCGCUUAACUUAGGUAGCGAUCAGACACAGCCAAAGCCAAAUCUCGAUAGUCGAGUGGUGUCGGAAGCUACUGAGGCUCCUCAGAAUCCGGCCUACAGUCCCAUGCUGCCACCGACUGUAGAGGACACUCGCAGCAGCAGGGGCCGUGUACGUGGGAGAGGGUCUCGUGGUACGUCAAUUGUACACUAGAAGGGGGUUUAAAGAAUCCGGCCAGUUACCUUAGGUGGUUACAGGUUGUGAAGGAGGUCGGGAUAGAGUCUACCAUGUACAUCCUUAAUCGUUCGAUACAAUCGCCGGUCGGUAUAAACUCUUAAUAUCCUCGAGCCAGUAUAGAGCAAGAACUUAUUGAAUCAGCGAGCCGGAUUAAAGACGCGCUGCUAAAAGGGAUGACUGCUACACCAAUAUAUUAACGAUCCUUAUGAAGCGGUUCUCCUCGGCAGCACUAUAGGUCUCUUUAAAUACCGCAACCUUU